GAGGGAGGAACAACUUGUGCGCGCGGUGGGCGUGGGCCUUCAUUGUCCGCGGGACUCUCCGGGAUCCGCUCGCGCACCCGCUCGGAUUCGUCGGGAGUUCGGGCGACAGCUGCGGCCAGUGUGGAGCCUCCCUUUGUCCUCUCGGACCUCCCUGCCCCCCUUCUGGCCCUCUCUCAUCGCCCCGCUGCGUGCCGCUGCCCCCGACUCCGGGGGCGCGACCUUGGAGACUCUCGCCACCUUCGCCUUCCCACCGAGCCGAGCCCCCGGAGCUGCGAGGGGGACGCUGUCGCAGGCCGGUGGCUGUAGGAUGGUGGCGGGGCGGCCUCCGGGCCGCAGCCCCUGGAGCUGGCUGCUGUCCGGGCUGUGGUUGCUGGCGCUAGGCGGGCCCGGGGCUCGGCUGCACGCCCAGGAGCAGCCCUCCUGCAGAACAGCCUUUGAUCUCUACUUCGUCUUGGACAAGUCUGGGAGUGUGGCCAACAACUGGAUUGAAAUUUAUGAUUUUGUCCAGAAGCUUACAGAAAGAUUUGUGAGCCCUGAAAUGAGAUUAUCUUUCAUUGUGUUUUCUUCUCAAGCAACCAUUAUUUUGCCAUUAACUGGAGACAGAGGCAAAAUCAGCAAAGGCUUGGAGGAUUUGAAACGUGUUAGUCCAGUAGGAGAGACAUAUAUCCAUGAAGGACUAAAACUUGCGAAUGAGCAAAUUCAGAAAGCAGGAGGCUUGAAAACCUCCAGUAUCAUAAUUGCUCUGACAGAUGGGAAGUUGGACGGUCUGGUGCCAUCAUAUGCAGAGAAGGAGGCACAACUGUCCAGAUCACUCGGGGCUAGCGUCUAUUGUGUUGGUGUCCUUGACUUUGAACAAGCUCAGCUUGAAAAAAUUGCUGAUUCCAAGGAACAAGUUUUCCCUGUCAAAGGUGGAUUUCAAGCCCUCAAGGGGAUCAUUAAUUCCAUAUUGGCUCAGUCAUGUACUGAAAUCCUGGAAUUGCGGCCCUCAAGUGUCUGUGUAGGGGAGGAAUUUCAAAUUGUUUUGACCGGAAAAGGAUUCUCGUUGGGCAGUCGGAAUGGCAGUGUCCUCUGCACUUAUUCUGUAAAUGAAACAUACACAAAGAGUGUUAAGCCAGUAAGUGUACAGGUUAAUUCCAUGCUUUGUCCUGCUCCGAUCCUUACUAAAGUUGGAGAAACUCUUGAUGUUUCCGUGAGUUUUAAUGGAGGAAAAUCUGUCAUCUCCAGCUCAUUAACAAUCACAGCCACAGAAUGUUCUAAUGGGAUUGCGGCCAUCAUUGCUAUUUUGGUGCUGUUGCUGCUUGUGGGAAUUGGCUUGAUGUGGUGGUUUUGGCCCCUCUGCUGCAAAGUGGUUAUCAAGGACCCUCCUCCACCACCACCACCUGCACCAAAAGAGGAGGAACAAGACCCUCUGCCUACCAAGAAAUGGCCUACGGUCGAUGCCUCCUAUUAUGGUGGUCGGGGAGUCGGAGGAAUUAAAAGGAUGGAGGUGCGUUGGGGUGAUAAAGGAUCUACUGAGGAAGGUGCGAGGCUCGAGAAAGCCAAAAAUGCUGUGGUGACACUUCCUGAAGAGUCAGAGGAACCCAUCAGGCCUAGACCACCCAGGCCCAAACCCACCUACCAGCCUCCACAAACAAAGUGGUACACGCCAAUUAAGGGUCGUCUUGAUGCACUGUGGGCCUUGCUGCGGCGACAAUACGAUCGUGUUUCCCUGAUGCGACCUCAGGAAGGAGAUGAGGGCCGGUGCAUAAACUUCUCUCGAGUUCCAUCUCAGUAACUGAGAAGUACGAAGACUAAGAGGGUACGAAGAUGGCACAUGUUCACACUGCUGAUUUCCAACCAAAUGAAACUAGUCAAGUGCCUUCCAGAAGCUUUGGAGAAGAGCAGCUUAACUCCUUCCAGUCAGGAAAUGUUUUCCCUGCCUUCUGCUUUGCUUGCACCAAACGUUUCCACCCACUUGUCCUGCCAUCUACGCAGGAGGUGAUGAAGCUCAGUUGUAACUGAAGAGCCAUGGCAUUGAAAGUAGAGAGGAGGGUUUAUGCAAGGAAGUAUGCAUGUGUCAAUGAGGCAAAGCAGCAGCAGCAAGGACAGCAUGAAGAUGCUACCAAAGCCACCAGCAUAGAGCAAGUAGCCGUGAUGGGUCGUUCAUGGAGACAGGGGUUUUCUUCAGGGCACUUGUGUUUGUAUAAUUCAAGAUCUUUAGCCAUAGGCAGAGUGUGAAAUUUCCAACCAGGAUAAGCAAAUUAUGGAGUCCAUUGCCUUAUAGCCAUGUCAGAUCACAAACUCCUCCCAAGUCCCCUAUCACUGUGUGCCUUGCGGGAAGUUUCCGACUGGAAAAUCUUGUCAUUCUAACACUGAAAAGUGCACACGCAAGAUAAAAUGUAGACAAGAUGCCUCAAGGUAUGGGUAGCAAGCAAGAUUUCGCCCUUUCGUUUUUUUGAAGACACCUUUCUUUCAUUAUGCACUCGGGACAUGAAACUAAUGGAGCGUUAUUCCACGGGAAGACAGCCUGUAACCAGAGAUCUGAAAGGGAGACUCGGGGCCUCGUGCUUUGAGAGUUAGUCCCAGUGACCGGUAGAUUUCCCUCUUUUCCUGUGUUUAGGAUUUAGUAGCGCAUAAAGCAUUCAUAGUAAACAUACCUGGGAGUUUGUUUGGCUUUUCGUUUCAAGGAAGCCACAACCAUGAAACUCCCACUCAGGGUUCAUUCCUUGCUUCAGGUCUCCAAGGGCUCUUGGGUGUCACAAGCCAGCAACUCUCUUUGCAUGAAAAUUUCAAAGUUUAAUUAAUAUAAUUAAAGGCAACAGCAAGCAGCAGCCUGUGAAGAUUUUGCUCAUCUUUUUUUUUUUAUGCCUUUUGACAUUGAAUGACCUAUUACUGUAUGCGCAUGACUCGGAUGUUGAGGAGUGCUCUUCCUUGGUGAGGAUUCCAUAGAGGGAAAAGGCCUCCUUGCUUCGAUCUGUAAAUUACAAUUUCAGGAGAGUUGCCAUCAUGAAAUGUGGGCAGCGUAGGCAUUAUAAUGUUUCAGGAAAACCACCAUCGUGUCACGUCGACGAUGCCAAGUUAUGUUAGCGUGAGCACAAACGCUGGGGGCGGGGGGGAGGAGGGAGUCAGCAGCUGAGGAAAAAAGCUCCAACGAUCUAGUCACUUUCGAUACUUUACUUCAGAAGCGAAAUGGAUAUUCGACUCGAAACCUGACAAAGCGCGCCUGCUUUGAUGGGAACUGGUAUAGACAAUGACCAGUGGCCGGGUCAGUGGGAUGUCUCUCUGCGAGCGCAAAGGCUCAUCAAAUGACACUAAAAAUAAGUUCAACAACCAUCACAUGUGAAGAGAGAAGGCGAGCAUUUCAUGUUUGGCGGGCAUGUGAGUGCACAAGAUGGAAAGAGUGAUUUGGAGCAUCCUGGUGUAAUCACCCCCGUUGUGCACUUCAUGGAAAUUUCAAAGGAUGGGAGUGAUUCUGUUGGGAGAGUGUUCAGGUUUGUGGCACUGCUCCAAGAAGCCUUACACGCACACGCAAAUAUGUAUACAUACAUACGCAUUUGCAUAUAUAUGGAUGUAUGUCUGUGUAUAUAUUUGUAUCCUCUAGCUUGAAUCCUUUGCUCAAGUUUAUUUAUGUCACUGGCUGGCUGGAUCCAAAGUCAUGUGUCCACUUAUUCAUAAAUAAAGUUUUUACCCAUG